GUGGCGUCCAGUUAUUUGGGAUGCUAUCGUAAAUCUGUGGGCCUGGAGCAACCCUUGGGCUAACUCCAACCCAUAAUUGGCAGAUGAGAGAAUGUAUUUGAUAUUUACCAAAUGAACCCUCAGAGGAGCGCGAAAGUAGCAGGAAAAUCUCCAUUGAAGAAUUUUCAGCUGAUAUGUGUGUAACUACGUAACUAUGAGCCACCUGCAGAACAGAAGAAUCAAGAAUGUGCUGCUUUCGUUAGGCAGACCGCAAUUCUAGCGAAAUUAUUUAUUUUUAUUCCUUUCCAAAGAUAAAAUUGAAAACACGAACGCUCAUAUUAUGGAAAAAGAAGCAACCAGGAAACCCCAACCAGAUCAGACCCUUUAUACUCAUGUUUCCAUUCAAUUUUCAAAUUCCAAUUCCUUUUUGCCUUUUCAAUUUUCAUUCAGAUCGACGAUUCCAUAUUAUCAGACUUAAAUCAUGAAGAGAUAUUUGUUUAGAUCUAGCUCAGCCCAAUCCCUGCAAGAACAACCACAUCGACCGUCACCAGAACUCUUUGUUCAAGAUUCCGCCAUGACAACAACUUCGCAUGCUGAACCAAACGUCAGAGAACAAAAGCCGCUGUCGCCGGUUGUAGAGGCAUUUGAAGACUUAGCUAACCAUCUACAACGUAUUGAUAUUGAUGGAGGAGAGCUUCGAUUGGAUACGUUCUGUGAUUCGUGUUCUCUGGUUUCUAUUCUCUUCAGCUGCCUGGGUCUUGCUUUCAAAUUCGCCGAGUCUGAGUAUGUCUCAAAGGUGGGCAGUCUUUUGGAAGCAUCAAAGAGGCAUAAAACUUUACAAAAUAUACUUGAUUUGGAUGUUGCAAAUGGCACAGUGAGGACAGCUGGCAGUCAUUCGCGUAAUUUACGUAGAGUCAGGCAGGGUCUUGAUCUCAUCAGAGCUUUAUUUGAGCAGUUUUUGGCAACCGAUGAUUACUCUUUAAGGGACGCAGCUACAACAGCUUAUGCACAAACUUGUGCACCAUAUCACACAUGGGCGAUAAGGACAGCCGUUUAUGCCGGAAUGUACGCUCUUCCUUCAAGAGACCAGCUUUUGCUGAACCUCUGUGAAACUGAUCAGUCUGCAGAAAAGAAAAUGAGAAGGUACAUCAAUGCCUCACUCCCAGUUAUACAGUACAUUGAUAAGCUUUACGUUUCCAGGAAUAUCAGCUUGGAUUGGUGACUCGUACCUGUGCGAAGUUGUCCAAUGCAUUGAUUUGUUAUAAUUGAACAGCAGCUGCAUUUCUUAUAGCAGCAACUUGUAAUAGCCUGUAGUUCUAUAACAUUAGCUUCUUCUUUUCCUGUUGUCACACAUUCCGAGAGAGAUCACCUGCCAUUGAUUACGUUAAUUGGAUUUCACUCAAUUGUCGCAUCACUAAUCAAUUAAUGCAAUCCUUCUUCUGUAAACAAAAAAAAAAUGGUGAUGGUAAAAUUCUCUCCAAAAAAGAAAUAAGCAAGUUAUUGUAAGCU